AUGUCGAGAUCCAACCCCACGCCAUAUUGCAAUAAUGUUACAGAUCUACAGCACUCCUUGUCCGCUGAACUCUCUCAGCGGCUCAAGGAUCUCCUGAAUCAAGCCCUGCUCGGGUUUAUACGGCCAAAUUCCAUGUCUCAGUUUGCUCAACAUGCUUCCGAGUUGGCUGACUUCCGCGAGGCUAUAGCACAGAAUUCGAAUGAUGAUAUAGAAUUUCUGCGCAGCUUCCGAGAAUUCGUUCCAACUACGAACUACGAACCUUACAGGCCGUUCAUAGCCAAGUUUUUUGCGACCCCUUGCAAGGAGUCUGACGUAAAGAGCAUGUUCGCCCCAGGACUGCCCUACUGCUUAGCCAUUUCCAGCACGACAUCUGGAAGAGCGCCAAAAACAUUCCCGAUAUAUCGACCUGCAUCGCACCUUUUGCAUCAUCCCUUAUAUUUGUCGCUUCGCCACUCAGAGGGUAGUAUCCUAUCACCAUCUUCUUUGAGUUUUGGGCAAGCCCUGAAAAUAGAUCUUGAGGAUGGUCAAAGCUCCAAGAUGUCGCCGGUCUGCUCGGUAACCGUCGGUUUUCUGCGAAUGCAAAAGAAUUGGGACGUCGAGCACGAUAUGGACAGACUCAACUUGUGGGUUCCAGGGAACACGAGUCCAUACGCGAUUUCCUUGGUGAAGAAUUAUCGUGCUUUCUUCAUUUUGAAUGCGCUAUUUGCACUCACAGACUGUCGGGUGACAACUAUCCGCUUUCUCUUCGCCAGUGUAUUCGUCAAUUUUUUGCAAUACAUAGAGGACGAGUGGACUCUCCUCAUCGACUGCAUCACGAAAGGGAUCAUUCCAGACUUGGAAAACCUAGAGCACGUGCGAGAACCUUUGGAGAAUCAUUUUACUCCAAACCCUGUCCGUGCUGCCGAGCUUCGCGAAAUUGGACCUCCUGGUAUCGAGGGCUGGGCAGUCCUUGUGUGGCCUGACUUGAAAAAGUUCAUCGGGAUCACUGGAGGCCCCGCUGCUGCAUCCGUUCCAAAGGUUACUCACAUCCUCGGACCUUCUGUUGCCAUGCAGUCUCCUUGUUAUGGCAGCUCUGAAUGUUAUAUCGCCAUACCAUAUUUCAACGGCAACCCAAAUACCGACUUCAAGGUAGUGCCCAUAGAUGGGGUCACCGAGUAUCUGGACGUGCGUUCCAACGAGCCUUCUGAGCGUGUAUUAUCCGCUUGGGAGCUUGAGACUGGAGGGCAUUACGAGCCCGUCUUGACGACUCGUAAUGGCUUGUGGAGAUACCGUAUCGGCGAUGUCGUCGUCGUUAAAGGCUUUUCGCCAGAUGAUGGAUUACCUGUCAUCAAUUACCUUCAUAGGCGAGAUGGCUCACUUGGACUGGCGUAUGGAACAACGUGUACAGAGUCGCAAUUGACGGAUGCGAUCGUAUCUGCGUCUGAACGAUGGAUCGGCCAAAUCAUAGAUUUCACUGUUGUGGCCGACGAGCGAGACACGCCAGUCACUUAUGGGUACUUGGUAGAAAUUGGAGGCGAUAUAGGAAUGGAGGCGAAAAUGGCAACACAACAAGUUUUUGAAGACCUCAUGAAAAACAAUGAGUAUCAUAUGGCUUUUUGGCAAGGGAGAGCGAGGAAGCCAACCGUCCGUCUCGUGAAAAAAGGCACCUUCACUGAAUAUCGCAGGCAGAAAUGCGAGAAGACAAACGUCUCGAUGGCCCAGGUGAAGGUUCCCAUCGUCUUAUCCGACCCAUCGUUUAGGGAAUGGCUCCUGCAAAAAGUUAUCAUGGAGUUGUAA